AUGGUCAAAAAAAAUUGCAUCAGAAAUCCUGCUAAAUGUAGGGAUUUUAAUGGCAACAAUAUAACGUGUUAGACAUUCUCAGCACUAAUGGAUGGUACAUGUAAAGGCAAUUCAGAAACUCCUUUGGAUAGUGUUAAUCUAGACAGUGUAAUGAAGAUGCUAAAAGGCAUAACCUCUGAAAUCUGUAAGUCAGCCUUCGAUUCUGCAUAAAAAAAUUCAUUUCAAAAUCAAUGUGUAUUGAUAUUAAAUACUGUUCAUCUUACACUACAAAAGUUGCAUGUGCUUCAGGAGGCAUAGAUGGGUAAUGUCCUAACGCUUCAAAAGCAUAUGAUGUUGUCUGCAAACUAUUCACAUUAUGUUCAUACGCAGAUAAUGAGAAAGAUGUCUGUCUCUCAAACUCCACAUAUUGUUAGUGGGUUCAACAAGUGUCUUGUAAAUUUAAAGAUAAUUAUCUACUUAUUAAACGAUUCACAUCUGCUGCAAAGAAGUAAUAUAUACCUCAUACAUGUCUUUCUUACUAUAUAAAAAUGGUUGUACUCCUCAUCCCAGUUUUGAUGAAAAAUCGUGUCUUUUUUGUGCUAAAGUCAAAAAAACAUUUGUUAAGAAAUCUUGCCAACUAUAUUGACUAUGGAAACUUGUUACAGAUAUAAUGCUCAAACCAACCUUUGGAAUAUAACAACAUCCAAUUUGUAAAAUGCAAACUUUAAGUUAACAAUAAUGUUACAAAUAACUAAACGGAUUCCUUCCCCGAUUCCUCUCAUAUGCUAUUUACUUUGCUUUCAUAUUAAGUUUGUAUUUCUGACAUUAUUGUAUGUAUCUUAAUAUUAAUAUAUAUAUUAUUUUAUACCUACCUUUUUAUACAUCCAAACAAUGUUUAAAUUCAUUGUUAUUAAAUUAACUUAAGUAUUCUAUAGGAGAAUUAGAAGAAAUAGAAAAGCAAUAUUAUACAGCAUUCGAUUAUCUAGAACUUUACAUUCAUAAGGUUUUGCUUAAAUAGUAAGAAAUUGUUGUCGAUGAUGGAUAUUAUUUAAUAAUAAUAAUUACUGUUAUUUCUUAAACAAUUAUGA